AGACGCUCUCUUACUGCGAUCCGCUCAGGCUGUAACAUCGGAGACACCCCAGCCAUCUGAAGUAAAGCGGGGAGGUCAAAAACAAGCGGGAAUAACCCAUACAAAAACUAAAAGGAAAAAAAAGAAACAAGGGGAUAUUCAGAGCCCGGACAACAGGGACGGAAUACAACUUUUUCAUCGUACUUUUUGAUUUUCCUCUAAAAAAUACCUGGAACUUUGGACAUGAUGAGGAUUCUCAGUGUUGUGCUCCUGGUGGUUCACGCCUUGGGUAAGUUUCAUGGUGGUUUGACUUCAUCUUAGACACUGUUGUAGUAACAUUUCCUUUAUUUUCAGUGUUUAUAUUCUCAGCCCCAGAGUAUCAAACCUCUCGAGCAUGGCCGAGCUUUUGACAUGUCUUGCAAACCUCCCAGUCUUUAAGGCAAUGUUUUCAUGAUGCCAGCCGAUUCAGGAGCUAAUGGGGCCAUCUUUCUAUUUUAGAGCAGGCUUUAUGUAACCGGAUACAUUUAUUUUUAACUCAUAUUCUUGCUUGACAUUAGCUUACUGUCUGUCCAUGCAUUUUGUGAGUGUGUAGGAGGCAGAGAGCAGGCUUUAACCAUGCCUCCAACAGUUUGAGUCCCUGCACCAGUUUGGGGCUGGUUUACACUUUGUCAAAGUUCUCCUGAGUAAAGUAGAGGAAACCUGAAACCUGAAACCCAUGCUGUGUAUUCAAGCAUGUGAAUUUCCUAACAGAGCUCAGUUUUGAGCCAAACAUCCAACUUCCUUGUGCACAACAUGUUUCAACUUGCCCCCAGAAGUCCUGCCCACCUUGGCUCAGCAACCCCUAACAGUUGAAGCCCCCUAGAGGAUGAGUGGUCUUGAGCGAAAACCCUUUGAAAUGGAAACUUUGAGGCAAUUUUUUAAUAAUUUUGUCUUUUUUUUUUAUUUUCUAGUGGUGUCCAGACUGGCCAGUGGCGCUGCAGUCGACAGGUACGAGAGCGACAGGCAUCGCACCACAGCUGUCAUCAACUUUUUGGACACAACCAAAGACAGAAGGGUAGAAGAGGCGAGCAGGAGUGCAGGUGCAACGACAAUGGAGCACAUCCAGGAAGAAGAGGACGAGGAUUAUGAUGAUGAAUAUUAUUAUGAAGAGGAUUAUGAAGAUGGCAUGUCUGGAGAUUAUGACAUGGAGCUGCCACAAGGUAAGACAGCGAUUCUGUCAUUUCCUUCAAUCACCCUUAACAUGCUGUCAGUACAAAAAGAUUAAAAUGUGUCAUUUCUGUCUGUGUUUUUGAUUAGUUGCCAUGUCAAGCAAACCUAAGGAUGCGUCUGCCAUCUUGGACGCUGAAAGGACUGAAGGGAAGAGAAGGAGAGCAAAGGGGAGAAAGAGAGGGAAGGGAAAGGGGAAGAAGAGGAAUCCCUGUCUGAAGAAAUACAAGGAUUUCUGCAUCCACGGCACCUGUCAGUACCUGAGGGACAUCCGUGCCCCCUCCUGUGUGUAAGUAUCACCUCUGCAUUUCUUUUUAUCCACACAGUCUUUCCAUCACUCUGUAUCCACGGAAUAAUAACAUCUCUUUCUCUAUGCAGGUGUCAUCCAAGUUACUCUGGGGAGAGGUGUCAGUUCUUCACGCUGCCCUUAGAGAAGCCUCAGGAGGGUUACAGCCGGACCACAGCGCUGGCGGUGGUGGCGGUGGUACUGUCAUCUGUUUGUCUCACCAUAAUUGGCCUUUUAUUAUUGCUCAGGUAUGUAAAAUGCUCAUAGUUUUUCUCACAAGCACACAUUCAUAAAGACACAGAAACAGCUAAAACGCUCAACUAGAGAUUUACAUGGCAUGUCCGCUUCUGUUUAUCACAGGUUUCACAAGCGGGGUGCAUACGAUGUAGAGAGUGAAGAGAAGGUCAAACUUGGGUUAGCACCCAACCACUGAAGCGAUAAAGAAAGGUGAGUUUUUAAGAGGGGCAAGCCCAGAUAUUUGAGCGCCGACAAACAACGUCAUUUUUAAUCCCUGAAAGAAGAUUUUUACUCAUUUCUUCUCUUUUCUUUCAGGCAAAGAUGCAGAAAUUCUACCUCAAAAUAGAAAAGAGAAGUGACCCUGAAAGAAGGUCCUAGAGGGAAAAUGGAUCAUACAUAAAGAAGGGAACAGAGGUUGUCGUGUGCCUGACCCUCUGCAACAUGUUCAGAUGACAAAAAAGGACAGCUGAACAUAUUCCUGAAGGCCUCAGAAAAGAAGGCGGCCUGCCCGAAAACUGGAAUACAAACGGCCCAGAGGAUGGACUGGAGAUGUGAUGAGCGAAAGGUGAAAAGCAUGAGAGGAAGAAGGAGAAGAAGAAGAAGGAGGAGGAACGUGUCUCAACUCUGUGCUGCUUCUUGACUGUGUGAAAAAAAGAGGUGGUUUCACACUGAACUGAACAAGAAAUGUUUUAACAACCAGAGCUCAACCUGGAUUUUUUCUCAAAAAACAGCAUUUUGUAUUUUCUUGCUCAAGUCCGUCUUUUGUUUUCUUUCUGUACAGUAAAUGGUAUAUUUAUAAUUUUAAUUUAUUUAUUUAAGCUAACUGUAUUUAUAGAGAUUUUAACCACAUUCAACAAGUUUUUAAAAUAAAGAUGUUACAGUUGUUUUUAUAUUUCCUAUUGGAUGACAUAUUUAUUAAUGAAAUAGAAAAGCAAACAAUGCAGAAGCUCCUUGAGAAAUCAUUCAAAACGAUCUGACUUUGGCUCUAAUAUUGGCACUCAGAAGAUGAUCAAUAGCACUGUGAUUAAUAAAUUGAUCACUGAAUAGACGUGAUUGUUUGUUCUCUUUGGUUCAGGGUGUUUUCAUCGAGAGAAACACCCUGUUCAAGCUCACGCAGUUACACACGUUUUAACUUGGAAGCAGUUCAACCAGUUGGAUCUGUCAAUGGGGUUUAAGGCCCUGCUUAGAGGCACAUUAGUAGGGAAAAUGAGGCACUUCCCACGCCAAAAUCCAGCUGGCAUUUCGGGGGUCUCAAGGCCACUUAUGGCUCAGGGUUCAGCCGAAUUGUUUAAAUGACAGAUCAAUGUCAAUAAGUUACAUUGCACUGGCUUUGUAUGGAUAAAAAGCAACAUAAAAGCUACUUUCUCAGCGUCUGUGUUGUUAAGAAACUGUAACAAGGGAGUCAAAUAGCUGAUGCACUGUAUGAUAAUGAUGUCUUACCAUCAUAAGAAACUCCCUCACUUCCAUGUUCAGCUGUCAAGCGAAAAAAAAUGUGAAUUAAAGUGUUUCACCUUUUCCAAUCCUGUCCUGCAGUUUUGAAGUGAUUGUUAUUUAUGUGACUUUUCAGAAUGAAAUAAAAAGACUAUCAGAAUUUUUGAA